AUGCGUCAGCGAUGCAUUAGAAUCUUGAGCAUUUGAGAGGAUCGUUAUGCGGUGUCCAUGGCCUUGAAGGCUCUCCUUAGACAAAGAUGAUAUGGGCAAUCUGUAGAUCUCCUUGCAAAGUCUAGAGAUCAAUGAAAUGGGUCAUUGAAUUGUCUCUGUGAUUGUUACCCCAUAGAGCAGAAAAAUGACAACUUUGCAGCUCUUUGAUGGCUAUCACUUGACGGAGAAGAGCUGGAUGGAGGUGAGACACAUGUUAGGGAGCUUCAUCCUCAAGUCUGUGCAGUAAGAGGAGGCUCUUCAUCGCAUCUGGUAUGCUCUCAAGAGGUGGCAACUCGUCUCCCUGCGGAUCGUCCUCUUCUCAACCUAUGGCUAGUUCGUCGAUCAAUCGGAGAUGCUUUACUCGAUGGAUUUGCAAUCUGUUUAUCGCGAAUCAUUUAGUAAUUUUAGUAACAAUGCUUCGUGAAUCGCAUUGAUGAGAUUUUUGUCGAUAAUCUAGCGAUUCUAGUUACUUAUUCCUUCAUUGGUGAUCUAUAAGAAAGUCGCGAUAAUCAAAUAAAAAAUAUGAGUUUUGACUCUAGGAGGGUUCAAACUCGUGUCGGUUGCUUGCCCUUUCUGGGGAAGGUGUGACAUGGGUUUAGUCCCACAUCACUUGUGCGGUGAAGUGUCUAGUGAAUAUAUAGUAAUAUUACAUUUUCGAUCAAGUCCCUUUCUUGCACGUGUAUGACCAUUCCUUGCCCCACAGUUGGCUGGCCAUUGGUGACAUAGAAGGAGGGUGACAUACACACGCCACUAUCGGUCCAAGCUGCUCGAGCCCCUGCUCGCGGCUACUCCUUGACUGCGCUUCUGACUCGCAUGCGGGCUCGGUUGGCCAGCAGGUUCACCCUAAUUUUGUCUUAUUUUUACUUUUAUUUCUUUUUCUUUAUUUAUCUCAAAAAUAAGACUAUAAAAAUUAUAUAAUUUCAUAUAAAAUUACAUAAUUACCUAAAAAUUCAUGUUAAUCAAUUAAAAACUACUUUUCAUACUUUAACACAAAUAUGUCUAUUUAUCAUGAGUUAAGGCUAAAAGUAAAUUAUUAAUUAAUUAUUAACUCAUGAUAAUAAAGACUUAUCAGGCACCAUAAGAUGAGAUUAAGAGGAGGAUUAGAAUGUCACCCUUGUGAAAGAAUCUAAGUCAUUCAUCUACUAAAAGAGUUGGUUAUUAAUCAUAACUAUCUAUUAAAGGGGACUAAUUCUCUAGAGGUUUAAGACAUGUCACCCUUCUCUUGGAGGACACUUUUUGGCUCUCUCUAGUAGUGACUAGCUGAAGGAAAAAAGAGAGAAAUUAAGGCUCAAUCAAUAGUAUUCUCAUGCUCAAGGUUGUUGUGGAGAAGAGACUACUUAGAACACAUCAAGAUCAUUAUAGAUCAAGCAUCACUCGGCCUAAGACUAACGCACAAUGAGGUCUGUGCAAGAUCUAGAUCUAGGGUGUCAUUGUAAUCUCCUUCAUAAAUAGAUAACUCUUAGUUUGAACUAGUUUUACCAUUUAUUCUAUCAUUCUAUUAUGUUAGAUCUAUUCUCUCCCCUUUGCUACACUUAUCAUUUCUUUUGUCUUCACUUUUUUAGAUUUAAUUAUGUUCUUUACAAUCUCAAGUAUAUAUAUAUAUAAGAAAUAAAAUAAGUAAAAUUCUUACUCUCAUUACCCACACUCUUUGAGGAUCAACCCUUACUUAUUCUAAACCGAAGAGUGAGAUUUUAUACAUAAUAUUUGCAUGAACUUAGUUGCAUGAUAACGACAUAUGAGUACAUCUAAAUUGAGCUCAUCCUAUAAGCAUACCUGUGCACCUAUGUAUAACAUGAAUGAGAGGAAAAGUGGGAGGAGAAUCCCAUUGGAUAAAUGAAGCAUAUCGUAAAUACUUUGGAGAGAAAUAGAGCAACAAAGGCACAUCCUCCCAAUCAUAUGUCAAUUAAUUACUUGUUUGGAAUUGAGCAAAAUGAAGAGAAGGAAAUAUAUUCCUUCAUUUCCUCAACUAUUAGUAGCACUUGGCCAAACCAUGAACACAUCUACAAGUUAUCAUAGGCUUCUACCAUUUAAUUUCAUCUACACAGUUAAUGCAUGACUAGGAGGCCAUUGACUAGAGGGCAAUAAACUCCCUAUCAUUAUAAAGUCUAUAGUUGGGAUAUGUCAGAUCUAUGGAAUAUAUCACUUUCUUUCUAAAGGAGUGUGCACUUUGGGACCAAUCAUUCACAUGGGCAUUCAUUACAUGUCACCUAGAUCAUGUUAUAUCAGCGAUUUCCUCACAAAUUUUUCAUUGGCCAUUGCUAGGUACAAAUCUAUCCCCUUCUCUAUUCUUACUUGGGUGCCUUCUUUCUAGUGUUCUAAUUGAUGUGAUGAAGGAUCAAUUUCAAGGGUCAUUGAGAUGCCCUAAAAUCAAUCAAUCGAUAAUAUUUACACUUUUAGAUUUACUCUUCUAGAUUGUGAAAGAAUUUAGUACUAUGAUAAGCUCAAGGAUUGAUCAUCAAAGAAUUGUGGGUAGAAUUAUCUUUUAUUUGUUGAUUAAUGUUGGUAGGAAUCACUAAGAAAUCACAAAUCAGAAGAAAUUAGAUGUGAAAGGGAGGAAAUAGGGCUUAGGUGUGAAAAUGAGUCCGUCGAAAUGUGA